UCCCCACCACCUUCUCAAUGUCUUCAAACUCUCACACUUCUUUUACAGCUAUUACAAACAAACCCUAUAAUGAAUGCUCUAUAUAACCAUACUACAACUCUCAUCUUCUUCUUCACCACCAUGAACUUAAUCACACCCAUCACCUUCACUAUUCUCCUUACUUUUUGCUAUGUUUCAGUUGCCAAGAAGAAUACUUACAUUGUCCACAUGGCCAGUCACCGCAUUCCGGCCAAUUUCCACAACAACCACACGCACUGGUUCCACUCAUCGCUACAUUCGAUAUCCGAAUCGGCAAACAUGAUCUACACUUACCACAACGUCAUCCAUGGUUUCUCAACAAAGCUAUCCGCCCAACAAGCGAAAUCACUUAAAAACCUUCCCGGAGUUCUUUCUGUGUUGCCGGAACUGCGAUAUGAGCUCCACAUUACACGCACACCCGAGUUUCUCGGGCUCGAGCAAAACAACAACUUGUUGCCACAAUCUUCCGGGGAAGGUGAUGUCAUUAUUGGAAUUUUGGAUACCGGUGUCUGGCCGGAGAGUAAGAGCUUCGACGACACCGGUAUGGGACCAGUUCCGCACGCGUGGAAAGGCGCGUGCGAAACUGGUACCAAUUUCACGGUUUUUAAUUGUAACCGGAAGUUGAUUGGAGCACGGUUUUUCGCGAGUGGUUAUGAGGCCACUGUGGGCCCCAUUGAUGAAUCCAAGGAGAAUAGAUCUCCGAGAGAUGAUGAUGGGCAUGGGACCCACACUUCCACAACCACUGGUGGGUCGGUGGUUGCAGGAGCUAAUUUAUUGGGGUACGCCCCGGGUGUAGCCCGAGGAAUGGCUCCCCGGGCUAGGGUUGCUGUGUACAAAGUUUGUUGGAUGGGUGGUUGUUUUAGCUCGGAUAUAUUAGCAGGUAUGGAUAUGGCGGUCGCGGACAAUGUUAAUGUUCUGUCAUUGUCGCUUGGCGGUGGAAGUGCGGAGUUUUACCGUGAUAGUGUUGCGAUCGGGGCGUUUGCGGCUAUGGAAAAGGGUAUUUUUGUAUCUUGCUCCGCGGGUAAUGCCGGACCCGCUUCUUAUACUUUAUCUAACGUGUCGCCAUGGAUAACAACCGUCGGUGCCGGGACUUUGGACCGUGAUUUUCCGGCUUAUGUUAGUCUUGGUAACGGGAAAAACUACUCCGGUGUGUCGUUGUAUAGAGGUCCAGCACUGUCGAAUACAAUGUUGCCGAUUGUGUAUGCUGGAAAUGCGAGUAGUUCGACGAGUGGUGGUCUUUGUAUGCCGGGGUCAUUGAUACCAGAUAUGGUGAAGGGAAAGAUUGUACUUUGCGACCGUGGCAUAAAUUCUCGGGUUCAAAAGGGUUCGGUAGUCAAAGAAGCCGGUGCUUCGGGUAUGGUUUUGACGAACACGGCAGCAAACGGUGAGGAACUUGUAGCGGACGCGCAUUUAUUACCCGCGACCUUGGUAGGUCUAAAAGCCGGUGACGAGAUUCGGAAAUAUGUAACUUCCGAUUCUAAUCCAACGGCCACAAUUUUGUUUGAAGGGACAAAACUAGGAAUACAGUCGUCACCAAUGGUGGCGGCUUUUAGUUCCCGCGGACCCAAUACCAUCACGCCAGAAAUUCUAAAACCUGACAUUCUGGCGCCAGGUGUCAACAUUUUAGCAGGAUGGUCUGGGUCCGCGGGACCUACCGGUUUAUCAGAAGACACCCGGCGUGUAGAAUUCAACAUAAUAUCCGGCACGUCAAUGUCAUGUCCUCACGUGAGCGGACUUGCAGCUCUACUCAAGUCGGCUCAUCCCGACUGGAGUCCAGCAGCCGUUAAGUCCGCUCUCAUGACCACCGCUUACACGACAUACAAAAACGGAAAAAUGAUUGAAGAUCUCGCCACCGGCAACCCCUCCACCCCGUUCGACCACGGUGCUGGACACGUGGACCCGGUAUCCGCCCUCGAACCCGGGUUGGUCUACGACAUCACCGCCGACGACUACUUCGAUUUCUUAUGUGCACUAAACUACACAACAACACAAAUCCAAUUGAUCACAAAAAGAAACACCACAUGUGACUCUACUAAAACAUACUCCGUAGGUAAUCUCAACUACCCUUCUUUUGCGGUGGUUGUUCCAUUGGAUUCCGCCGGAAAAAGUGGUGCAACCACCGUGAUUAACCACACAAGAACGUUAACUAAUGUGGGUCCGGCUUCAUCUACCUAUAAAGUGUCCGCGUAUUCCGGUAGUAAUUCUGUAGGGAUAACGGUGGUUCCGGAAACUUUGACUUUUUCUCAAGUCAAUGAGAAGAAAGUGUACACGGUGGUAUUUACGGCAGGUGCGAUGAUGGUGAAUUCGAAUGUGUUUGGCCGGAUUGAGUGGUCGGACGGGAAGCAUGUUGUGGGAAGUCCGGUGGUGGUUAGUUGGUGAUAGGUAGAAAGUUAUUGUUUUUGUUAACAAGAUACUCAAAAGGAGUGUGGAUUGGUGGUUGAAUAUAUAAUUCAAUACCUUUUAUUUAAUUUCAUUGAAUUAUUAUAUUUUUAA